GCUGACCCCGCCCCUCGCCGGCGCCCCCGCCCCUCGGCCUCCUCCUCCGCCUCCGCCUCCUCGCAGGCCCGCGACGUGCCCGGCCGGCGACCGAGCGGCGGGGACGGCGUCCGGCGUACUCACUUCCGCGUCCCGCCGCCCUCCGGCCCGCGCGCGCCUAGCCACCGUCACCAUCGGACAAUAGGCCGCCAGCCCCGCUGCCGAGAACUUCCUGACGGGGCCCGGCCGGCCCGUGUGCCCCGGACCUCGAUCCCUCUCCGCGUGGGCCAGGAUUUCAGCCCCGCGCCACCUGGGGAAGCAGCGGAGGACCGAGCGCCCGGGACGUGCCCGCGCCUCCCGCCCGCCGCGUCUUUGCUCCUGCCUGGCUGGUUGGUGGCUUCUGCACUCUCCGCCUGAGCGGCUUUAGCCCGGCUCCGUCCAGCGGUUGCUGCCGUGUUGUGGGUUUCUGAGUUUGAUUGCUUAAGGAGGAUGUGAUUUUUUUUUUUCCCCUCCCUAUUUCUUUCUCCUUUUCUGAUUUGAAACAGAGAAGAGAAUCACAGCCAGCUUGGACAGGGAAGCGCCGCCAGCUGCCCCCACGUGGACACCAACGAGGGGAAAAGGAAUUGGAAGCAAACUUGGUCCAAGUGGCUUUGAGGCCUCGGCAUCGGCUGUACUCACAGGCCUGGGGUCAUGACUCUCCUGCUGGGCAGGUGGAAGGCUUUACCUGUCUUGGGCUGGACUUGAGCCUCUUUUCUUUGCCAGCACCCCACCCCACCCCACCCUCCUCCACACUCUCCAUACCCAGCACCUGGGCUAGGCCCAGACACUGGUCUGCAACAUGGAUAAGUACGACGACCUGGGCCUGGAGGCCAGUAAGUUCAUUGAGGACCUGAACAUGUAUGAGGCCUCCAAGGAUGGACUCUUCCGAGUGGACAAGGGUGCAGGCAACAACCCGGAGUUUGAGGAAACACGCAGGGUGUUUGCCACCAAGAUGGCCAAAAUCCACCUCCAGCAGCAGCAACAGCUCCUGCAGGAGGAGACCCUGCCCAGGGGGAGCCGAGGUCCUGUUAAUGGCGGGGGCCGCCUGGGCGCACAGGCCUACCGGGAAGCUGGUGUGGGCAGCAAGCUGACUGCGGAUGGUGCUGCCAAGCCCCCUCUCGCUGUCUCAACAGUGACUCCUGGGACAGCCGCCACCAUCACGGCUGGGCAGCCCUUGUACCCACCCCAGGAGCAGAAGGCCAGGCCGCCUGUCCGUGGCGUGAGGCAAGGUAGCCAGGACUGUGGAUCCAAGGAGAGCAUGGCGAGUUCCGAGAUGUCUGCUUUCCAUCGGCAGGGCCCCUGUGAGGAUCCUUCCUGCCUCACCCACGGAGACUAUUAUGACAACCUCUCCUUGGCAAGCCCCAAGUGGGGUGACGAACCAGGAGUGUCCCCCAGCAUCAGGCUGAGUGUAGGAAGUGGGUGGUCUGGCACCCCAGGGAGCGAGCCAGCCCUGUCCAAACCCUCCAGGGAUCAUCUGUACCAGCAGCAGCUUUCCCCGAGCUCCAGCAGGUCAUUGCAGAGCGGCCCUGAUGGUGGUGUUGGUGGCCGCAGCAGUGAGAAGCCAGCAGGUCUUUGGACCACCGCCUCUUCCCAGCGAGUGAGCCCUGGCCUCCCUUCCCCAGGCCCAGAGAACGGAGCCCUACUGAGGGCUGCUCAGCCCAGGACCCCUUCUUUCUCUGCGUCCCUGGCCCCCAGCCGCCCCAGUCAAGGAGCUCUUCCAAGAACAAACUCGGGAGUGGCAAGUGACCUUUCAGGCAUGAUGCCCAAACCCACCGUGGACCCUCAACCCUGGUUCCAGGAUGGGCCCAAAUCUUACCUUUCUAGUUCUGCUCCAUCAUCCUCGACAGCCAGCAUGGACAAUAUGCAGCUGGGUGCCGUCCCUGGGCUGGGUCCCAAGCCUGCCUGCACAGACCCUGGCGUGGGUCCUAAGCUCAGCCCCACCAGCCUUGUCCACCCAGUGAUGUCCACCCUGCCUGAGUUAUCUUGUAAAGAAGGUCCCCCUGGCUGGUCUCCUGAUGGCAGCCUGGGGUCUGUGCUCCCAGAGAGCCCCAGUUCCCCCAGGGUGAGGCUGCCCUGCCAGACCCUCGUGCCGGGCCCUGAGCUUGGGCCCACGGCUGCCGAAUUGAAAUUAGAAGCCCUCACCCAACGUCUGGAACGUGAGAUGGAUGCUCAUCCGAAGGCCGAUUACUUUGGAGCCUGUGUGAAAUGCAGCAAGGGGGUGUUUGGGGCUGGCCAGGCCUGCCAGGCCAUGGGGAACCUCUACCAUGAUGCAUGCUUCACCUGUGCAGCCUGCAGCCGGAAGCUGAGAGGAAAAGCCUUCUAUUUUGUCAACGGCAAAGUGUUUUGUGAGGAAGACUUCCUGUACUCUGGUUUCCAGCAGUCUGCUGACAGGUGUUUUCUUUGUGGACAUCUGAUUAUGGACAUGAUCCUGCAGGCCCUAGGGAAGUCGUACCACCCCGGUUGUUUCCGCUGUGUCAUCUGUAACGAGUGCUUGGAUGGGGUGCCCUUCACUGUGGACUCAGAGAACAAGAUCUACUGUGUCCGGGAUUAUCACAAGGUGCUGGCCCCCAAGUGCGCAGCCUGUGGCCUUCCCAUCCUUCCACCCGAGGGCUCAGAUGAGACCAUCCGUGUCGUGUCUAUGGACAGAGAUUACCACGUGGAGUGCUACCACUGUGAGGACUGCGGUCUAGAGCUCAAUGAUGAAGAUGGUCACCGCUGCUACCCCCUGGAGGAUCACCUGUUCUGUCACUCCUGCCACGUCAAGAGGCUGGAGAAGGGCCCCUCCUCCGCAGCCCUUCACCAGCACCACUUCUAGCCAGAGCCUCCUGCAGACCUCACAUCGGGGACAAGGAGUCAAGAUUGCACCAUGAGGAGUCCACCUGUUAAUUCCAGUGGCCCCUGGAAUGGAAUUGGGGUUGGGACAGUGGAGGGGGGGGCAUUUCCUGAGUGUGUGUCGGGGAUGCCUUUCCUUUAACCAGGGAGAGGAUCCCUGCCUGGCUGGUAUUGUAUAUUUUCCAUGUGCCUUUCUUUGCUGCCACGCCCUUAUUAGAUUACUCAGGAAAACACCCCAGCAAGUGCGUGGCAUGUGACAGGAGAUCUCAUUAGUGUGACCGAAUGAACCCUCCUGUCCCCUCCGGGAAUAGUUCAUGCUUCAGAGGGAAAGGUUUGCACUGAGCAGAUCUUACUCUGAAGAGAGAUUUCAGCUGCCCAUACAUUCAAUCCUCUCCUUCCCCUUUGGAAAAUACUUGGACCCAAAUGCCCCCUCCCAACCACACCAGACACACACACACACAUACACACACACAGUAAUUUAAGACUUCCACUCCAGAGCUUCAGUUCUUCUGUAGAAUGGCUGCACAUUUUAACUGCACCAUUGCAAGAAGGAAGCUCUAACAUGUGCUUUGGAUCUUAGGAGGAAUUCACUUGGUAAACCAGAGCCAUGAUUUGAAAUAAGUGAGAUAGGGUUUCCUCCUUGUGCCCUGACCACAUUCUCUGUGCCCCUGCAAAUCUUCAUGCCUUAAAAGGGCAGCUGGGGGCCUGACAGAGGUUGGUCCUCUUCUAGCAAAGUGUGCUCUGGGACGAGAACUUGGUGCCGGCACCAGGCCUCUUUCGCCCAUCUGUUUGCGCUUUUUUCCUUCGGAGCUCUCGUGAGUCUGGGACUUGGGAGUUGCUCCUGCAAAAGUGGGUCUGGGAUCUUCUGUGGGGAUCCUCUUGUGUCUGUUUUUGCUUAUUUAAUGAUGGGCUUUUGGGAAGCUUGUCCAUGUACUGAGACCUAGCUCCUAAUAAAUGAGGAGAGUUUUUGUGUGUGAGAUCUCACAGGUGGCCUGGGAGGGCGUGCCUCAGGGUAAGUUAUUAUGUUCAUUUCAUAGGUUUCUGUCUUGCCCAGUUCUUGGCACAGGCAUUAAGUCUGAAGAAACCAGUAUAAGGUACACUGCGUUUUGUUUUGUUUUGUUUUUCUCUCUUUUCUUUCUUCCUUUCUUUUUUUUUUCCUCUUUUGGCCACCCCGUGGCAUAUGGAGUUCCCAGGCCAGGGAUCACAUCCAACCUAUGCCACAACUGUGGCAACGCCAGAUCCUUAACCCACUGUGCUGGGCCAGGGAUUGAACCUGCAUCACAGCACUCCAGAGAUGCUGCCAAUCCUGUGCGGCAUACUGGGAACUCCCUCUUUCCUUUUUUAAAAAUUGUUUCCCUCUACUUUCGGUCUUCCACACACACAAAAAAUACCUCACAGAUAGGAGCUUCAGAUUAGGGAGGAAUUUGGUCAUCUUGUUGGACUCACCCAUUGUGCGUUCGGAAUCUCUGGCUUCACCCAGGUCAGACCAGUGUGUCCGGGCACUAUAAUCUCAACUAAAGGUCAACUGGGAAUUGAUCCCAUUGAAAUUGGGUGCUACUGCCUUCUGUAUCAUCAGGCUAGGUCCCACAGUGGCAAGGGCUAAGGGAGGGCCAUGCACUGACAAGAUUUCAAGGCCACCUCGGCACUGAAGAGGGAGAAUUUGCCCUGUGUGUCACAUUCCUGAGGCCCCUCGGCAUUUCAAUGAGAAGAAAGUAUUAAAAAAAAGGCUGACUGGCCUUUGCCCUUUCAUUCAGCCCAUGGGGGAGGGGCCCCAAGCCUUGUUGCAGGACGGCAGGAGUCAUCUCACCACCCCCACCCAAGCUGAGAGUGUGGUGGCUGGUGUCUGCUCCCCACCUUCUGACCUCACUCUCAGAGGCUUGGGGCCUUGGAGGGUGGUCAGUGGACCCCAAAGGCACAAAAAAGCUGCAGAUUCUUCACUGGGCCCAGCUCCACUUCUAGGCCAUGUUUGGACUCAUUUGGUAGCAAUUGCCUGUACGAAGCACAGAAUUGGCACCAUGGAUUGUCUUUUCCACUUUUGUUAAAGUCACUCUGUUGGAAUCCUUUGGCCAGCUGUCACUUCAGCCCAGACUGUGUGCUUUCAUUGAUGCCUUUUCACAGGCUGAGCCUCCUAGGAACCCAUGAGUGCAUGGGGCUGGCGAAGUGAACCCUGGGGUCGCACCCUACCUUCCCAGCAAGUUGUCCAGCUCAGCCCUGGUGAGGCUGCUGGGCAGGUGGAGCCAGCCAGUGCAUCUUAACCUGUCUCUGCCCACCUAGCAUCAUUUCUGGCCUUGGUGGCACACCUUUGCUCCAGUUUCAAAUCAAGUAGAACAUAGCCAAUUGCCUUGGAGUCACGUCAGAAGUAGCAAGAAUUUGUUUGCAAAUUGGGUAACAGCUGACCCUUGAACAACACAGGUUUGAGCUGCAUGGGUCCACUUCUAUGUAGAUAUUUUCCGAUGGUAAAUACAGCAGACCUACCCUGUGGUCGAAUCCACGAUGCAAAGGAACCAUGGUUCCAGACAGCUGACUAUAGGUUAUAUGAGGAUUAACCCUCAAGUUGUUCAAGGGUCAGGUGUAGUUUAAACAUCUCUAAUUUUCUUUUUAUUAAAGUAUAGUUGAUUUACAAUGUUGUGCCAAUUUCUGCUGUACAGCAAAGUGACCAAAUCAUUCAUAUAUAUAUAUGUAUGUAUGUAUGUGUGUGUAUAUAUAUAUACACACACACACAUUCUUUUGGAAAUAUUUUCCAUCAAGGUCUAUCCCAGGAGAUUGAAUAUAGUUUCGUGUGCUAUAUGGUAGGACCUUACUGUCUAUCCAUUCUAAAAGUAAUAGUUUGCAGCUAUUAACCCCAAACUCCCAGUCCAUCCCACUCUCUUACCCCUCCCCUGGUGUAAUUCAUUUUUUAAAUGCAAAUUUUAAAGUGGCCUUGACUGAGGCAAUUCCGAUAUCUCAGUGGAUAUUUUAAACCACUGACGAAGAACAGUAAGGGAAUUUAUAGACACCCUAGCAAUCCGAGCAGCAACUUCUCUAUUGUCAGGGUCCCUGGAGAGGGUCCUAGGUAGGAAUUUCAUAUUGGUUUUGUCUCCUCCUCAGGCCCAUGCACCAAAGCCAUGAGUAGAUGUCCACUUACCUGGUAUUUUAAACUCUCUGUAAAUUAUUAGCCAAAUAGAGCUGUGAGGGGGUUGUAUUUAUGGGCGUGUAGAAAGAACACACAAGCACCUCAUAGACCAGGAUGAUUAAGUUUGUUUUAAAAGGAAGAGCAGAUAGCCCUGUCUUGAGUUCCCUGGACAACUCCUAGACUUGAGAUAAUUGAGAAUUAUGGCCUGAUUCCAGACCCCAGAGCCAGCCUCCACCCUUCUUCCUUGCCUCUCUUUGUCCUUUUUUUUUAAUUUUUUCUUGUCAUUUCUACCCCCAGCUAGGGUCAUUCAAAAACUGCCUGGGUGAUCUGAGAAAAGCCAGUAAUCCAGUUUGGCCUGUUUUAAUAGCAUCUUCUCUCUCCGAUGCUAUCCCCCCCAUCUGUGGUUGAGGAAAGAGUGAUUCGUUCAUUUUUCACACAGAAGGGCAUUGAGUCCUGUUGGGCCAUUACCUGCAUGUGGCAGCAGGACUUUCCAUUUCUCCGAGGUUAGUGCUUGAAUGAAGACUUAUUUUGGCUGAGUCCACUGAGGUUGUGCCACUGAGUCCCGGGUGGCUGGUGGUAUAAUCUUGGUGUUCUGAUCACUUUCAAGCACUGCCAUCACUUUGUUUCCGUGGGCUUCUGUCACACAAGAUGAAAAUGAGAAGUGUUAGAAUUGGAGAAGGUGAUUUGGAAUUCACCCUCCUUUGCAGGCUGUUUUCAUGGACCAUUUCCUGUGUGUGAAAGUAGGAGAGCUGUGCUGGUGGCUGGUGUCCUUGCAGAGAAUGUGUGCAAGACUUGACUCCAAGCCUUUGUUGCCUAAGGCACUUGUUAAAACUGUCGGCCGGAAACCAAAUCCUUUGUACCCUCCUUUGUGCCAGGAAUAGGUCCUUAUUUCCCAGUUACUGUUUGAAGUAACAUUUAAAAGCAAUAGGAAAGAAAAUGAGAAAGAUAUGUUAGUUGUCAGUUGUUCUGAGCCAGAACUGGGCAGAUGUGGGAAAUUUCCGUAUAGUGUAUAAAAAUUUCACUCUGCAGGGAAGUUGUUUUCCUCCGUGUCUCUUCUUUGACCUUAAUUGAUUGAAAAUAGCAUUACUAUUAAAUUAUUCAAAAUUUUACUGUUACUAUAAAAUUAUUCAGAAUAUGUUACUAUAAAAUUAUUCAAAAUAUUGUUACUAUAAAAUUAUUCAAAAUUUUACUGUUGCUAUAAAAUUCAAAAUAUCAUGACAAUGAAACUGCCU